CCACCAUCAACACUCUCCAUCUCUUGAAAUCAGCUCUCGACACACCCUCGACCCUUUUCGCAUAUCACACACCAUCAUGUUGUCCACACGAGUCGCACAACAGACUCUGCGGGGUGCCUCUGCUGCACGAUCAUACGCGACCAUCUCGACUGACAUCUUCAAGCCCACCAAGUUCGGUGGCAAGUACACUGUUACACUAAUUCCUGGUGAUGGUGUUGGCGCUGAGGUCUCAGAAUCUGUCAAGACCAUCUUCAAAGCCGACAACGUCCCGGUCGAAUGGGAACAGGUGGAUGUCUCUGGCGUCGAGACAGGUGAUAAGCACAGUGAGGAGCUCUUCCGCGAGUCUCUUGCAUCAUUGAGGCGCAACAAGCUCGGUCUCAAGGGUAUCCUCCACACUCCAGUUGAGCGCAGCGGUCACCAAUCCUUCAACGUCGCCCUCCGUCAAGAGCUAGACAUCUAUGCUUCCAUCGUCCUCAUUAAGAACAUCCCUGGCUACGAGACGCGACACAAAAAUGUUGAUUUGUGCAUCAUUCGUGAGAACACUGAAGGUGAAUACUCUGGCCUGGAGCACCAGUCUGUCAGCGGCGUGGUCGAGUCCCUCAAGAUCAUCACCCGCGCUAAGAGUGAGCGCAUUGCCAAAUUCGCCUUUUCCUUUGCGCUUGCCAACAACCGCCGCAAGGUCACUUGCAUCCACAAGGCCAACAUCAUGAAGCUGGCCGACGGUCUCUUCCGCAACACCGUGAAGAAGGUCGGCGAGGAAUAUCCCACCAUUGAGACCAACGACAUGAUCGUCGACAACGCCAGCAUGCAGUGUGUUUCACGCCCACAACAAUUCGACGUCAUGGUCAUGCCCAACCUUUACGGUGGUAUCCUUUCCAACAUCGGAGCUGGUCUGGUUGGUGGCCCUGGUGUCAUUCCCGGUUGCAACAUGGGUCGUGAAGUUGCCGUAUUCGAGCCUGGUUGCCGUCACGUCGGUUUGGACAUCAAGGGUAAGGACCAGGCCAACCCGACUGCGCUUAUCCUCUCCGGUGCCAUGAUGUUGCGUCACCUUGGCCUCGACGACCAUGCCAACCGUAUUGCAAAGGCCGUCUACGACGUCAUCGCUGAGGGUCGUGUGCGCACCCGUGACAUGGGUGGUGUCUCCACCACACACGAGUUCACAAGAGCAGUGUUGGACAGCAUGGAGUCACAAGCCUAAAUGCACAAUGUUGGCGCCCAAUUCGCCCAACCAUCUUGCUUGACUUAUGAUAUAAAUAUGAUAGACGGGGCAAGAGGGACGACCAGAGCGAGAAAAGCCAUAAUUGAACUUGGCAUUGAUCGGUUGCGGGAGACUCAACUUGUAUAGCGGGCGUUGGCAUUUUAUAUAUCCAUUACUAUGCAUUUCCAAAUUCGUAUGACAAAAUAGUUGCCGUUCAUUGUUCUUGCCCGCA